AUAUGUAUAAAAACCUUAAAAUACUUAUAUAUAUUUAAAAAGUAAUUUAUGUAUUAUGUUCAAUAUUAUAUUUUUACAGGUUUUAUGUGAUGGAGAUCAUGAUUUGGAACGUUGCCAAAAAGUCACUGAAACUGUGUUGGCUGCUGUAUACAAGGCUUUGAACGAUCACCAUGUAUACCUAGAAGGUACCAUUUUGAAGCCUAACAUGGUUACUCCCGGACAAUCCUCAAGCAAAAAGGCAACAGCUGAUGAAAUUGCUAAAGCUACAGUGACUGCUCUUCAACGCACUGUCCCACCAGCGGUUCCAGGUAAUUUUUUGAAAAAUAUACAUAUAUAACAAAAUUUUAAUCAAACAUGAUUUAAUGCUUACUUUUUUUUAAAAUUUAUUCUGUCAUUAAUAAUCAUUUAAAUAUUUAGGAAUUAUGUUCUUGUCUGGUGGUCAAACUGAGGAAGAAGCAUCUGUAAAUUUAAAUGCAAUUAACAAGUACAGUGGAAAGAAACCAUGGGCAUUGAGUUUCAGCUAUGGACGUGCUCUGCAAGCUUCUGUUUUGAAGGCAUGGCAAGGAAAGAAAGAGAAUAUCAAAACAGCACAAGAUGAACUUCUCAAAAGAGCAUUGGUUAGUGUUAUUAGAUAUUAUUGGUUUGAUUUACUUUGUAAAAUAUUUAUAAUUGUAUUUCUAUUUAGGCCAACAAAUUGUCAGCGUUGGGCAAAUAUGAAGCUGGUUCUGUACAAACUGCUGCUGGUUCUCAAGGUUUAUUCGUUAAAGAUCAUGCUUAUUAAAUAACCCACUUCAUGUUCUUACAUAUUCUUUAACAUUUAUAUUAUAGAUUUUAAAGUCCGUUACCAAAAUAGAAACGCUUAUUAUUUCAACAGCUUAUUAUCAUGUUUUUAUUAUUGUGUUACAGAUUUUAAAAAAAAUUAUAUAUUAUACUUACUGAUUUUAGUU